AUGGGGACUGUUGGAACAACACAGUUGUGCUGGACAAUUCUGGGCUUCCUUCUACUCCAAGGCCACAACUCCCAGCCCAUGACAACUCAGACUGCUAACCCUCAGGGCACAGGGGCCCCACGUAGCAGCAGGAGCAGCGGCAGCCCAAGUGGAGACACAUCCCAAAAUAUCACCACCAAAACCACCACCGUGAACACGAGGACAGAGGAAUAUUUGACCAUCCUGCCUAGCCCAACAUCAGAGUCAGUGCUCACUGUAGCUGCAUUUGGUGUUAUCAGCUUCAUUGUCAUCCUGGUGGUUGUGGUGAUCAUCUUGGUCAGUGUGGUCAGUCUAAGAUUUAAGUGUCGGAAAAACAAGGAAUCUGAAGAUCCCCAGAAACCAGGAAGUUCAGGGAUAUCUGAAAGCUGCUCCACAGCCAAUGGUGAGAAAGACAGCAUCACCCUCAUCUCCAUGAAGAAUAUCAACACAAAUAACAGCAAAAGAUGCUCCUCAGCAGAGAAGCCUCCGGAGCUGGGAAGGCCUGCAGACCUGCUGGCAGGGAACUGA